AAAACGGGUCAUUUCACUAAAGAGGCGACGGAAACAUCAUCAUCAUCAUCAUCAUCAGUCACCCCACCCGUCAAGACACGGGCAUCGGUGACGUCAGUGGGACUUUAUAAGAGCCUCUGCGACGGGACCGACCCAGAAGACCCGCCGACCCGCACAGAGACCCACGCGCACAACAAGACAGUGAUGAAGAUGCUGUCCUCCCCGCGCCUCCGCUGCCUCCUCCUGCUCCUCCUCUCCCUCGCCGCCUCCAUCAGCUGCUCCUCCGCCGCCCAGAGAGACGCCAAACUCCGCCUGCUGCUGCACCGGACCCCGCUGCUGGCCUCCAAACAGGACACGUCUCGGUCCUCGCUGGCCGACCUGCUCCUGUCAGACCUGCUGCAGGUGGAGAACGAGGCUCUGGAGGAGGAGAACCUUCCUCUGGGGGGAGGAGAACCCGAGGACGCGGCUGUGGACCUGGAGCGGGCCGGCGCCAGGGGACCGCUGCUCGGACCCCGCGAGAGGAAGGCCGGAUGCAAGAACUUCUUCUGGAAGACCUUCACGUCCUGCUGAGAGCCCGCACAUCGUCGUCCAUCAGUAGUUUGAAUGGAUUGUUUAGAUUUUCUGAGCUGAUACUUUCUGAAUGUAAAACCGAUGAAGCUAUUUUUAAUUGUUGGUUUUAAUAAAAUCUGUUUGAGUCAAA